AUGCAAGAUAAUAGUGAUAAAUUAUUCUUUAAAGUAUGGAAAAAUAUAGUAAUUAGGAAUGAAAUAAUUAGAAAUAUUAGAUUAUUUAAAGAACAUAGUGGCUCAAAAGAAUUUUAUAGAUUAGUUAAUUAUAAAGCAUAUAAAAAUAAAGAUUAUAUAACUAAUAUGACCAUUGGUAUUAAAGAACCUAUUACAGUGAAUUUACUACCACCUUAUUUAGACAAGUUAAUUUUCUAUGCACAAAAUGGUCAAAUAAAAGCAAAUUCAAUACCAAACUCAGUUAAAGAAUUAAUAUUUAGUGGUAGUUUUAAUCAAGUUAUUGCAUCAACAACCAUACCCAAAAAUGUAGAAACCAUUCAAUUUGGGAAUUACUUCAACCAACCACUUCCAAUUGGGUCGCUUCCUCAAUCUAUUAAACGUUUAGAAUUUGGUAAUGAUUUCAAUCAAGAGAUUCAAUUAGAUAGCUUACCAAAAUCAAGAUUGGAGUAUUUAAAACUAGGUGUUUCAUUCAACAAAUUAUUAAAACCAAAUUACUUACCAAAAUCAUUAACACAUUUAAUAUUAUCAAAUGACUAUGACCACCAUAUUGAUAUUAAAGAUGUACUGCCAGAUAGUGGGAAUUUGUUAAUACUGAAUUUAGGUGAAAAUUUCAAUAAACCUUUGAGGAAUCAUCCACUACCCUAUUCAAUCACUCAUUUAGUAUUAUCAUCAUCAUUCGAUCAGCAUUUAUCGGCUGGUAUAUUACCACAAUCUUUAAAGAGAUUAGAGUUUGGUAAAGAUUUCAAUAAACCUAUCAAUGUUGGUGUUUUACCUGACAAACAAUUGGAAUCGAUUAUAUUUGGUUACUCAUUCAAUCAACAGAUUAAAACUCAAAUUUUACCAAACACUUUAAAAGAAAUAAAAUUUGGAUUUAGUUUUAAUCAAAUUAUUAUAGAGAAUUCAUUUCCUCAACAACUACUUUCAUUGGAAUUUGGUGGUUCAUUCUCAAAACCAAUUAAUAAUUUAUUACCAACUUCACUUGAAUCUUUAAAACUUGGUUAUAAUUGGGAUUUUUCAAUUUCAAAUCAAACAUUUUCAUAUUUAUCAUCAUUACAUUCUUUAGAAUUUGGUUAUAGAUUUCAAAGAGAAUUUCCUCCUUCAUCUUUACCAGAUUCUUUAACUUUUUUAAAAUUUGCUUGUUCAAAUAAUAAACUUCAACAAUCAUCAAUACCUAAAACUGUAAAAAUUUUAAAAAUUGGUACAAUAGAAUAUAAAAUGCAUCAAUAA